CCAUCCCAAGUGAGGCGGGCGGCGGCUUCCGUAGGUGUCAUUGAGCAUGCUCAGUUUGCACGGGCGUGCUCCGUAACAGCGAAGCCGAACAGCGCGGCGUCUCCCUUUGACUCUCCCGGAGGCGGCCGGGCGGGACGCGCUGCUGGGCCUGGCGCGUUGUUGUGGUUCCGGGGCGCGGCGGCCAUGGCCGUGCUGCUGGAGACCACGGUGGGCGACCUGGUGAUCGACCUGUACACGGAGGAGAGGCCCAGAGCUUGUCAGAAUUUUCUGAAGCUUUGCAAAAUCAAGUACUACAACUACUGCCUCAUUCACAAUGUACAGAGGGAUUUUAUUAUACAAACUGGUGACCCCUUGGGGACUGGCCGUGGAGGGGAAUCUAUCUUUUGUAAACUCUAUGGUGAUCAAGCUAGAUUUUUUGAGGCAGAAAAAGUGCCAAGAAUUAAGCACAAGAAAAAGGGAACCGUAUCAAUGGUGAACAAUGGCAAUGAUCAACAUGGAUCUCAGUUUCUUAUUACUACAGGGGAAAACCUAGAUUACCUUGAUGGUGUGCACACAGUGUUUGGAGAAGUAACAGAAGGCAUGGAUGUAUUAAAGAAAAUUAACGAGACCUUCGUUGACAAGGAAUUUGUUCCUUAUCAAGACAUCAGGAUAAAUCAUACAGUGAUAUUAGAUGAUCCAUUUGAUGACCCUUCUGGUUUGAGAAUACCUGACUGCUCCCCAGAGCCCACCAAGGAACAACUAGAUAGUGGCAGAAUAAGAGCAGAUGAAGAAAUUGAUGACUUCAAAGGAAAGUCUGUUGAUGAAGUGGAAGAAAUUCAGGCAGAGAAAGAAGCAAAAACUCAGGCCAUUCUUUUGGAAAUGGUGGGAGAUUUACCAGAUGCAGAUAUCAAACCACCAGAAAAUGUGCUGUUUGUUUGUAAACUGAAUCCUGUGACCACAGAUGAAGACCUGGAGAUAAUAUUUUCACGAUUUGGGCCCAUUAAAAGCUGUGAAGUAAUUCGAGACUGGAAGACAGGUGAAUCUCUUUGUUACGCUUUCAUUGAAUUUGAAAAGGAGGAAGAUUGUGAGAAAGCCUACUUCAAAAUGGAUAAUGUGCUGAUAGAUGACCGGAGAAUACAUGUGGAUUUUAGCCAGUCUGUUGCAAAGAUUAAAUGGAGAGGAAAAGGUGGGAAGUAUACCAAGGAUGACUUCAAAGAGUACGAAAAGGAACAUGAUAAACCUUCCAAAUUAACUUUGAAGGAGAAAGUAAAGCCAAAUCAAGACGCAAAGUAUGACCUUGUGCUGGAUGAGGAGAUAGAGGAGGCUAGAGCAAGUCACCUACACUCGGGUAAAAAACACAAGAAGAAAAAGCACCGCCACUCUGAUGAUGAAGAGGAUGACAAGAAGACCAAAAAAUCCAAGGACUCUGACCGACGAUAUGAAGAAGAAUGCUGUAGAGAGAAAAGAAAGAGUGAAAAGAGAGAGAGACAUCAAAGUCGCAGUCGCAGCCAGUCUCGGGACAGAGACAGCCACUACAGUUCCAGCAAAUCUAAAGACAAAUACCGAGGAGAGCUUUGGGAAAGAGAGCGUGAUAAAAAGAGAGAGAGAAGCAGAAGUCCUAAGAAAUCCAAAGAUAAGGAGCGGUCCAGAUACAGAUGAUGAAAUACCCUUUUCUUUCUAUAUUUGUAUAAUGCAUUGGAAACUGCAGGUACCAGAGCAAAGCCAAUGCUUCUUGGUCUUUCAAUUCCAGGAGUGCCCAGUGUACAUGUGUAACGUUUGAUAGCGUAGAAUAUUGCUGAUUCUGGAUGACUGUUCUCAAUAAAGGAUUUUGUAUUUUA